AUGAGCAAAAGCACAUCCAACGUUGACGGCGUAGGUAACCUGACUUACCAAAGAGCCAUUGAUAUCGCCCGCAACACCGAAGGCGAACUCGAUCCCACUGUCAACAACUAUCUGGAAGGCGCCAUCACCGACAUCUGGAACCGGGUGAACGAGCAACAGAGCACUUACGUCCUCACCAAGGACGAGUUCGCCGUCUUCAACUACUACAUCAGACGCUUUGAAGGCUCUCCCAUCGCUGAGCAAGCCAUAGACCGGACUCGAGCGAGCGUGGGGGAAGGCGUGAGAGGUGCCCAUCCGUCUAUGGGAUCUCGCCGCUUGCGCAUGGGUCAAGCUCUGCUUACAGGAACCACACUUGUCAUCCUCUUGCUUGUUUCCUACAACACCUUCCUGCCGCGGUCGACCGUCGAUAGCGGACUUCCCUGGCCCUCAAACUCUCGCGCGGCCCCAAGGUUACCUCCAAACAUCCCCAAGUCCUUGCUCGAGGUGUUCCAGGUCUAUCCUCCAGUGCUUGCGGUCAGUCCUGACAAGGCACUGGAGAUUACCGACGGCUCUUCCGAUUCCGCAGUCAAGGUGGUGGACAGUGCCAACCAUACCCGCACCCACGUGGAGGUCGAAUACUCCUUUGCAAACUCUUACGGACAGCCGUUUGUAGGACAUUACACGCCACCAGCAUGUUCCUUCAAUCGAGUCACCUGGAACCUGACUGUGGUUUCCGCUGGUAAACAAUUCGAUCGCCUCGCAUUUCCCCGCAAAGGCAUCGUCUACCUUGGUGAUGUCGAAGUAUUCCGCACCAGUACAGCCGAACCAACACCCGACGGGAUUCGUUGGACGUAUCUGAAGGACAUGACGAGCUACCUGUCACUCUUCAAGAAGGAACAAGAGAUCAUCUUCGACUUGGGAAACCUCAUCAACAACGUCUACACUGCCCCUUUCAACGUCACCUUGACAGCUUCAUACUUUACGGCUUCCGACUCGAUUGUCCCGGCAGAUGUUAUUCUGCCUGUCUCUGCCGGUCUUGGGCCUCGGGGCAAGCCCAGUGUCUUCACGGUCCCACCCAACACCGCUUCCAGUGUCCUCACCUUGCCGCAGAACGUGAAAAAGGCCGUCUUUACUAUCGCGGCAACAGGCCAAAGCGAAGAGGAGUUCUGGUGGAGCAAUGUCCUGCAGUCCGACAUUGACACCUACCAUGGCACCGAGCUAUACGGCUACUCCGCUUUUCGCGAAGUGCAGCUCUAUAUCGACGGCAUGCUCGCAGGCGUUGUGUGGCCAUUCCCAGUCAUCUUCACUGGCGGAGUGGUGCCCGGGCUGUGGCGUCCCAUCGUCGGCAUUGAUGCCUUCGACCUGAAAGAGGACGAGAUCGACAUCACACCCUUUCUUCCGCUUCUGUGCGACGGCAAGGCACACAACUUCACGAUCAGAGUAUCUGGGCUCAAUGACGACGGCCAUGGCAAAGCAUCGCUAUCGGAGACCACAGACAGCUACUGGCUUGUGACUGGCAAGGUGUUCGUGUGGCUGGACAAGGAGGGCCACAUCACAACCGGUUCUGGUCCGACAAGGCAUACCCCGGCACCCGUAUUUGAUGUUUCGUCAUCCAUCCGCCGAGGGGCCAACGGUACGAAUGGAACGCUGUUGUACCACGUCAAUGCCCACCGGAGCCUCUCAUUCCACUCUGAGAUAGCUCUAUCACACGGAAGAGAGGCAGCAUUUUGGCAGCAAGAUCUGUCUUUUUCCAACUUUGGCAACUUCUCAGACGGGGCCAACGUCGACAUCAACAACCAGAACACGCAUGGUGUCGACAUCUCUUCUAGUGGUUACAUGAAGACCUACGACUAUCCACUCUACGCUUUCUCUGUCUUUGCAAUAUAUGCCGACAACAUCUCGAUUACCGCGAAUGUUAACCGUGGCAAGGAGGUGAAGACGCUUGGCCAGCCCGUCUUUCCCACAGGUCUGGAAUCUCUCUCACCUACUGAAUACAAGACCCCUCAUCCGCGUUUUGAAGGCGCAUGGCUUUCUACAACACAGAACGGUAGUGCGACGUAUCUCGCCAACGAGACGUCGUCCAAGUCAUUCUCCUUCGGAACCACCGCGCAAGACUUUACCUUCACUGGCCUGCGGGUUAGCGAACGCAAGAACUCUCAUGAUUUUCCUCCAAUCACAGGCAGCAAAGAGUUAUUCCACCGCUACGUCAAGGCGGUCAACGGCACGGUGAUCGAGGACGACCAGGCUCUACUUGGGGAUUCAUUCGGACGGCCCUAUCUCACCGCCCAGCCUGGAGCCGGACACAACUUCCUACUCACGAACAUACCCGGUCGAGGAGGGAAUUGGCAUGGUAGAAUGGACCGUCAUGGUCGCGGAGGAGGACCAAGAGCAGCGUAG